CUAACCCGACCCAACCCGCCCGUUUGCCAGGUCUAUCUGCAAGUCUUCUGUUUCAAGUGAACAAUUUGGAUUGGAUUCACAGCGAGCACGCAAAUCAGAGAGAAUGGAGCAAUUCAGAAGGCAGGCCCGCCUCCCCAAGUUUGCCGUCCCCAAACGCUACGAUAUCCGGCUGAAACCGGACCUCGCCGCCUGCAAAUUCGGAGGUUCUCUCGACAUCGACCUUGAUAUAGUCGCCGAUACUCGAUUUAUCGUGCUUAAUGCGGCCGAACUUUCCAUCGAUAACGCUUCCGUUUCAUUCUCACCCCGAGGCUCUUCUAAGUUAUUUAGGCCAUCUAAAAUCGAGUUGAUUCAAGAAGAUGAGAUUCUGGUGCUGGAAUUUGGCGAAAUACUUCCAAUUGGAGUCGGAGUUUUGGCUAUCUGGUUUGAAGGGAUCUUAAAUGACAAAAUGAAGGGUUUCUAUAGAAGUACUUACGAGCAUAAUGGUGAGAAGAAGAACAUGGCCGUUACACAGUUUGAGCCUGCUGAUGCUAGACGAUGCUUUCCAUGUUGGGAUGAACCUGCUUGCAAGGCUACAUUCAAGAUCACUUUAGAAGUGCCAUCUGAACUAGUGGCCCUUUCGAACAUGCCUGUCAGUGAGGAGAAAGUGGAUGGACCUCUAAAGACAGUUUCCUAUCAAGAAUCACCCAUCAUGUCCACAUAUUUGGUAGCAGUUGUUGUUGGUCUGUUUGAUUAUGUGGAAGAUCAUACAUCUGAUGGGGUCAAAGUUCGAGUGUACUCUCAAUUUGGGAAGGUAAAUCAAGGGAAAUUUGCUCUAGAUGUUGCUGUGAGGACUCUUGAAUUAUAUAAAGAAUACUUUGCAGUGCCAUACUCUCUUCCCAAAUUGGAUAUGAUUGCAAUCCCUGAUUUUGCUGCUGGGGCCAUGGAAAACUAUGGCUUGGUUACAUACCGUGAAACAGCAUUGCUCUAUGACAAUCAGCAUUCUGCAGCUGCUAACAAACAGAGGGUUGCUACUGUGGUGGCUCAUGAACUGGCACACCAGUGGUUUGGUAAUCUUGUAACAAUGGAGUGGUGGACCCACUUGUGGUUGAAUGAGGGUUUUGCAACAUGGGUAAGCUACUUAGCAACUGAUAGCUUGUUUCCAGAAUGGAAAAUAUGGACUCAAUUUCUUGAUGAAUCAACUGAGGGUCUCAGGUUGGAUGGGCUUGAGGAAUCCCACCCAAUUGAGGUGGACAUAAAUCAUGCUGGUGAAAUUGAUGAGAUAUUUGAUGCAAUAAGCUAUAGAAAGGGUGCAUCAGUUAUUCGUAUGCUACAAAGCUAUUUAGGUGCUGAACCCUUCCAGAGGUCACUUGCUUCAUAUAUAAAAAAAUAUGCUUGCUCAAAUGCAAAGACAGAAGACUUAUGGGCUGCCCUUGAGGAGGGAUCUGGUGAACCUGUGAACAAGCUAAUGAAUUCAUGGACAAAGCAGAAGGGUUAUCCUGUUGUCUCUGUCAAAGCCAGAGAUAAUAAAUUGGAAUUUGAGCAGUCACAAUUCUUGUCUAGUGGUUCCUCUGGUGAUGGGCAAUGGAUUGUCCCCAUAACAUUAUGUUGUGGUUCAUAUGACAAGAGAAAGAACUUCCUGUUGCAAACUAAGUCUGAAACUCUUACGAUGGAGUCCCUUGGUUGCCCCAUAGAUGCAUGUUCAUGGAUAAAGCUUAAUGUGGACCAGACUGGUUUCUAUAGGGUGAAAUAUGACGAGGAACUUGCAGCUAAACUGAGACAUGCAAUAGAGAACAAACACUUGACUGCAACUGACAGAUUUGGCAUUCUGGAUGAUUCUUUUGCACUUUGUAUGGCACGCCAGCUGUCUUUGACCUCCUUGCUUGCCUUGAUGGGUGCCUACAGGGAGGAGCCAGACUAUACAGUGCUCUCUAACUUGAUUUCUAUAAGUUACAAAGUUGGCAAGAUUGCAGCUGAUGCAAGACCAGAGCUGAUAGACAACAUUAAACAAUUUUUUAUUAACCUUUUUCAGUAUUCUGCUGAGAAGCUGGGCUGGGAGCCUAAAAAGGGUGAGAGUCAUCUGGAUGCAAUGUUGAGAGGAGAAAUUUUGAUUGCCCUUGCUGAGCUUGGGGAUGAACAAACACUGGAUGAAGCAACUAGAAGGUUUAAUGCAUUCUUGGAUGACAGAAAUACACCCCUUCUUCCUCCUGAUACAAGAAAGGCAGCAUACAUUGCCAUGAUGCAGAAAGUCAACACAACGAAUAGAUCGGGUUUUGAAUCUCUUUUGAGAGUUUAUAGGGAGACUGAUCUAAGCCAGGAGAAAACUCGGAUUCUAAGUGCAUUAGCGAGUUGUCCAGAUGAGGUUAUUGUUCUUGAAGUUCUUAACUUUUUAUUAUCAUCUGAGGUUCGCAGCCAAGAUGCUGUGUUUGGACUCUAUGUCUGUAGGGAAGGACGUGAAACUGCCUGGAAAUGGCUGAAGGAGAACUGGGAUCUGAUCUUUCAAACCUAUGGUUCUGGAUUUCUAUUAACUCGCUUCGUCAGUGCUGUUGUCUCUCCGUUUGCUUCACUUGAGAAAGCUAAGGAAGUUGAGGAGUUCUUUGCAACCAGGGCAAAGCCUUCCAUUGCCAGAACCCUGAAGCAGAGCAUUGAGAGGGUCCACAUCAACGCGAGGUGGGUUCAGAGCAUUCAAAAUGAGAAAGAUCUGGCUGAGGCUGUGAAGGAGCUAGCAUACAGAAAAUACUAGGAUGAGUUUUGAACCUCCUCUCCCAUUUGAUCUCUCCUGCCCUCAAUUGGGAAUCCAGAUGCAGUAACUUUACAGCUUUUAUAACUUAUCAUACUACAGUAAUGCAAACAUAAAAUAUUUCACUGGAGACCAGUAAUCUGUGGCUAUUUUUAUUAUAAUUGUAUUUCAUCUCCACUUCUGCUAAUUUGGUAGAUUAUUCAGCAAUAAAUUUUAAGAAAAUGUCAUGAAAUUA